GUUCUUAGAUAACACGGCUUUCUUCGUCCCGUUUCUUGCCCGGCGCUCCUCCUCCGGUGGGAAUCGUACGGCGACGGAAGUUAAAACUUAGCGCAGGUGUACGAAACGACGGAACUACCCAGCGCAGGUGAGUAGGAACUGAGAAAUGAAUGAGGGUAUUUUGGUAAAUAUGCACGAAGGGGUAAGGUUUCAUUGAUGGCUACCCUGUACGAAGAAAAAUACAUGCCUCUUCUCUUCGGAUAAGGGCUCUGAUUUCUCGGAACGAACAGUUGAGAAACAAACAGGGAUGAGGUAAUCAGAGAAGGCAGGCAGGUCUUCAGGCCAUGGUUUUUGUCCUAGCAUCCCUUUAUUAGUUAAUAUUAGGCUUGGGCCAAUUUUCUCCUUCCCUCGCGGCCAACAAGGUUUUAGUACUGUUUAUGCCUGUACAUACUUGAGAAAGGGAUGGCCCUUAUUCUUUCCGCUAGACCGUCCUUGUUGUGUUUGAUGAAUUGCCUCGACCACCGCGGCCAUUUGUGCUUCGCGAACUGUUCAGUCAAUGUACUCUCAUUCUACUGCAUGAUGCUAUAUUGCAACAGCUGGCGCUUGUAGGAACUAUGGGAAGCAGCGGAGAGCAGAUGCCUAGCAUUCUAGGGUUUCUGAAAGAUAAAGGUUUUGAUGAUAAGAGCAUACAAUCCAUGCUCGGAAGAUGCAAGCGGCUGCAUAGCGUCGAGGGAGACAAAGCCUCAGAGAAUUGGAACUACUUGAGAAGCAUUGGGAUCCAGGAGAGGAAGCUCCCUCAUGUUGUUUCCAAGUGCCCUAAAGUUCUUGCUCUGGGAUUGAAUGAGAAGCUUAUUCCCACGGUCGAGUGCCUCUCGACAUUGGGAACAAAGCCUGGUGAAGUGGCCUCGGCAAUUACUAAGUUCCCCCACAUACUCGCCCACAGCGUGGAAGAGAAGCUAUGCCCCCUUCUGGCUUUUUUCCAGGCACUCGGGAUCUCCGAAAAGCAGUUGGGUAAGUUGCUUUUGCUCAACCCGCGGCUUAUCAGUUACAGCAUCGAGACCAAGUUCUCCCAGAUUGUGGAUUUUUUUUCAAGUUUAGGCCUCAAUAAGGAAGGAGUCGUAGGAAAAAUUCUCACCAAGGAUCCUUUCAUCAUGGGGUACAGUGUAGAGAAGCGGCUUCUUCCCACUACAGAAUUUCUAAAAUCAAUAGGGCUAAGUGAGCUAGACCUUCGAAGGGUUGUCAUAAACUUCCCUGAAGUGCUCUGCAGGGAUGUUGAGAAGAUUUUGAAGCCCAAUUUAGCAUUCUUAAGGAGAUGUGGAUUUAACAAUGCCCAAGUUAAAGAUUUGGUUGCUGGGUACCCGCCUAUUCUGAUCAAGAGUGUGAAGAACUCCUUGGAGCCCAGAAUCAAGUUCUUGGUAGAAGAGAUGGGGAGAGGGAUCGGUGAGGCCGCAGAGUAUCCGAAGUUCUUCAGGCAUGGUUUGAAGAAGAGCCUAGAGUUUCGACAGAGGUUGGUUAAGAAGAACAACUUGCACUGUAGCCUAAGUGAGAUGCUUAACUGCAAUCAAAAGAAGUUUGUUACGAAGUUCGGAUUAAUGGCAGGGCAUUCCUGAUUCCUUUCUUCUGAUUGGACAGUUUUUUUCUGCUAUUUUUGAUGUUUGUAGAAUUUUUGGACAGCAAUUCUAGCAAUUUUGUUUCAAGAUGAUGUGAACGGAGAAAUGUAAAACGGCUUAUUUUGAGGCAGGCAUUUGCUGAUCAUCGUUUCUGCUUCCGCUCAGCAUUAUUUGAUGGUGGUGGUUUAAGUUCCCACUAAUGGAUUUCUUUCCAUCUACAGCUCUGUAAAAUUGCAAAACCGGAUAUAUGCUCUUUCCGACA